GCUCCAUGGAUUAAUAUAAUAUUCUUUCUUGCUACAAUGAACAGUUUGUUUUGGGCUCUUCAUGGAUUCCUAGGGCCAUGGCAAGAACACCAAAAAGAAGAGAUUCGCUUCAACUGAGAUUUUCAAAGGAAAAUGAGUGAAGACAAGCCUAAGGGAGUUUGGCACCUAACUAAAUCACGUGACUUGAAACCUAGGGGAAGGCAAAGCCUGGAGCACUGAAUCUGUGGCAAUCGGGCAGAGAAGGAUCUAUAAGGUGGGAGCAGCCCGGAUUGCCUGUUCCUGUGCUGUGGAUCAAUAAGACUUGGUUAGCUCCAGUGUAAGUGUAUUUCCUCCACAGACUUCAAAGCUGCCUUCACAGCAUUAUCCUCAUGUCACCGGUGGACAAAACUGGCGCACAGAGGAGGGAGCUCUUUGUAGUUGCAGAGGAUUUGAGUGGAGGAAUUGGACUCCCCUUCCAGAAAGGAAGGAGAGUCUAGUGGUGAGGGGUUAGCCUGGAGCUCAAAAUAGUGACUUGUCUAAGGUCAUACAGGGCAGCAUUUGUCUUCUUCUGCUUCCACACCCCAUUUCUAAAACCAAGAUCAUCAACACAUUCCCCUAUGACAGGAGUUUUUGGACGAUGCCCAUGUUAAAGCUUAUGAGAUAUCCAGAGGCUAUAGCAAGGGAGGCCACAAAGAGAGAAAGAGUGCAGAUUGGCACCUGGGCUUCUACCUUUGCCUUGGUUUUUCUAUGGCAUCCUUCACCACAGUAGCUAAGCACCAGACUGUUCCCUCCCUGCAACUGGGCAAAGGACUUCAGCUCCCAGGGCUGCCAAUCUGACUCCUCUCACCAAGAGGUGAAGACAAAUUCUUAGUGUUAUAUGAGAUCUUCGGUAUGUAACUUCUGUACCUUGGAUGUUGCUAGUAAAUACCAAGGAGAAAUAUUUCUGCAAUAUAUCUGCAUCCUGAGAUUGGCUGAUGACCUACAGGCAAGGGCUUGCACCCUCAGGGCAGCUCUGAUUUAUCUCAUCCUGCCGGCACACAGGUCAGAGUGGCUCCAUCUCUGAAGAGCUCAUCGUCGUCCCUCAAAGAUUCCUUGAGGUUCAACACAAUGCACUGGGUUGCUAUCCUGAUAGUGGCUGGGAUCUGCAGGGUCUCACAGGCCCAGGAUUAUUACGAUGAAGAUCUAUGGAUGCAGUAUGUACUUCGGCAAGCCCGGAUACCUUCUUAUAACUACGUGCCCUACUACGAGGAUGAAAGCCCCCCGUACUAUUAUGCUCCAGGGGAAAUGUCCGUAGCAGAACCCGCCCCUGAGUCUGUGCAGCCCGUUUCCAGGCAGUGCCCCCAAGAAUGCGAGUGUCCGCCCAACCUCUCCUCCGCAAUGUACUGUGACGGUCGCAACCUGAGGUAUCUUCCCUUCGUGCCUUCCAGGAUGAAGUAUGUCUACUUCCAGAACAACCAGAUCACCUCCAUCCAAGAGGCAGCAUUUGACAAUGCCACAAACCUGGAAUGGAUCGCGCUGCAUGGCAACCAGAUCAGCAGCGAGAAGAUGGGCAAGAAGAUCUUUGCCAAGCUCAAGAACCUGGAGAGGUUGUAUCUGAACAACAACAACCUGACCAAGAUGCCCGGCCCCCUGCCUAGGUCCCUGAGAGAGCUCCACCUGGAUUACAAUCAGAUCAGCAAGAUCCCAGCCAAUGCUUUGGAAGGCUUGGAGAACCUCACCGCUCUGUACCUUAGUCACAACCAGAUCUAUGAAAUAGCAGCAUCCUUCAAGGGGUUAAAGUCCUUGAUCCUGGUUGAUUUGAGCUACAACCACCUCAGGAAGGUCCCAGAUGGUCUCCCGAUUGCUCUGGAACAGCUCUACCUAGAACAUAACUACAUCAACACGAUCCCAGAUGAGUAUUUCAAGGUGUCCCCCAAGCUGCUCUAUGUCCGCCUGGCCCACAACACCCUGACGAAUGAGGGACUCGCUUCUAAUGCCUUCAACAGCAGCAGCAUCCUCGAGCUGGAUCUGUCUUAUAACAGGUUCCAGAAGAUCCCUCGGGUUAGCACCCAACUCGAGAACCUCUACCUUCAAGGCAACCAAAUCAAUGAAUUCUCCAUCAGCAGCUUCUGCACAGUCGUGGAUGUCAUGAACUAUUCCAGGCUCCAGGUCUUACGACUGGAUGGGAACGAGAUCCAGCGCAACGCGAUGCCCCCCGAUGCACCACUCUGCCUGCGGCGGGCUAGUGUCAUUGAGAUUUAACCCCAAGCCCUGGAUCCCUGGCCUCUCCCCCAGUCCUCAGGGCAAUGCCACCCCAGAUCCAGUGACCCAUGCUGGGUGAAGGCCUUCAGUCUCAUUUUAACGCUGCUUGAUGGUUUGAUUUGGCUUCUGCAAUAGCAUAAUAUGGGUGUCAAUAGCAGCCUACGCAGGGGUUCCUCGCCUGCUCUGGAGGGUUGAUUCAUUGACUGCGCUCACUAGGCGCUGCCCCUUCUAGUCUAAUUGGGCUCCACCAGCAUGGGACGAGGUCUCCACUUUGUCCUGUAAAACCCCAAUGGUUCUCUCACUAACUGAACAAUCAGUUCUCUUCCUUCUCACCCUUGUCUGUCUGCACCUGUCUCCCACUGGCACAACUGGGUUGGGUGGAGCAGGAUUCCUGGUGGCCCACUUCAACACACUUCAGCUGGGACG